AUGAAGUCCUUCGUAGCGCUAUCGUUUUUGACUGUCGUCGCGGGAGACCUCAGUGCUCGCCAGGUAGCCCAGCAAGGCAGGAAAGAGUCAGUAGAAGCGACACCACAGGAACGCCGCGUGGAUUCCCAUCUAUUACGGAACAUUCUUCGUCGAGUCUCUGAUCCUGAGGACGUUUGCUAUGGAAGCUUCCUGGACCGCGACGAUGUGGACGAAUUGUUCCCAAGAUCAACGUGGUCUUCAAGCCAAUCACAGAAGAGAGACACGGUGGACGCAGAUAAGAAAGUGUCUUCCCAUGUCCGAGACUCACACGGACAAUCUCUCUCGCUGGACAGGAGCAAUGUCUUCCAAGAGCUCAGAUCCGAAAGCCAGACCAGCGACUGUACCAACACCUUCUGGACUCCCGAAUGCCUGCGACGCCUAUAUGGCGUUACCGAUUAUGAACCGAGCUCUUCUUCCGGAAGCAGGGUAGCCUGGGCUGCUUUUUUCGGCAUGGGAGCCAGAUACGAGGAUGUUCUUCAAUACGAAGAGACUUACAACAUCCCACGCCGGAAUUUCACCAUUGAAAUGGUGUCUGGAGGCAGUGCAUCUCAAGAUAUCUCGGACCCUGCGCAAAGACCCAAUUUGCACUCGACGGAUCUCGAUGCGUUCGACAUCGUCGCGCUGACGAAAGGGCGCCUUCCUUUAUUGCAGUACAGUGUCGGUGGUAUGUCGCCUCCGUACAGACCCAAUGCAGCUGGACCAACGCAAGAUGACAAUAGCAAUGAGCCAUAUCUCGAGCUCUUCGAGUACAUGCUGGGCAAGACGAACGAAGAAGUACCACAAGUCCUGACAAUGUCUUUCAGCGACGAUGAGCAAACAGUGCCACUCGAGUAUGCGGAGCAGGUGUGUAAUGCGAUCGGGUUGCUGGGCCUUCGAGGGAUCACCGUGAUUCAAACACUGGCAGGCAAAGGCCCCGGGUCCGUAUGUCUCUCCAAUGAUGGCGACGAGAGACCCGAGUUCACACCGCAGUUUCCAGCAAGCUGUCCAUAUAUUACUGGAGUCGGAGAAGUCAAUCAAUCAGAUCCAUUGGUGACGUGGAACAUUUCUUCAGGAGGCUUUUCGAACCUAUUUCCGAGGCCUUGGUAUCAAGAGGAGGCGACCGAAAGAUAUUUCGAAAAUUACGCCGACAAGGAUGCUUUGGAGUAUUAUCGGCCAUUCUUCAACCGAUCAGGACGAGCCUCGCCAGAUCUGUCCUUGAUGGGGUUCUCUCCAGAAUACCAGGUAAGACAUCCACCCAGCUCGCGCGCGUCAAUGCCACCAAAUCUGACUUCGAGAUAGGGUGAUUUCACAUCUCCCCGUCCACAGCCAAGCGGCGGUACGAGAGGCAAUGCAGCCUGGGCUGGCCUCGUUGCGCUGCUCAAUGACUCUCGGUUACGUGCUGGACUGCCUGCGAUGGGAUUCAUCAAUCCUUGGCUGUACAAGACGGGUAUACGUGGCCUGACUGAUGUCACCCAAGGCGGCUCGCUGGGCUGCAUGGGCGAGAACAUCCAGUUUCAUCGGCCUAUCUCGGGAUCCCAACGCAUCCCAUGGGUUGGUUGGAAUGCAACAGAGGGAUGGGAUCCGGCCACAGGUCUUGGAUUCCCCGAUUUUCAGAGAUUACAGCGCUUGGCAAUGCAAAUUGAUGUCGAUAGGAAGAAGUGUCCUCCGAGAUGGUGGAAGUAUCCGUGGUACUGGCAGACAGGUAUUUCAUAG